AUGGUGGCCACUGGUGCUGCAUCUUCAUUUUUCCCUGUUACUGCAUCCUUGCCAGACUCUGGUGGUAACAAACUUGGUGGCGGGCAAGCCAACAUUGGUGGGCUUAAAUCUAAACCUGCAUCUUCUGGUGGCUUGCAAGUAAAGGCAAAUGCUCAAGCCCCUCCAAAGGUUAAUGGAACCAAAGUUUCUACAUCUGUAGAUAACUUUAAGUAUGAGGAUCUUUUGCCUUCGUCGCAAUCCUCGAGGACUUUUAUCAACCAGUUACCUGACUGGAGCAUGCUUCUUGCUGCAAUUACUACAAUUUUUUUGGCAGCAGAGAAGCAGUGGAUGAUGCUUGACUGGAAGCCAAGACGUUCUGACAUGCUUAUUGACCCCUUUGGUAUAGGCAAAAUUGUUCAGGAUGGUCUUGUGUUCAGUGAAAAUUUUUCUAUUAGAUCAUAUGAAAUUGGUGCGGAUCGAACGGCGUCUAUAGACACAAUAAUGAAUCAUUUACAGGAAACUGCACUUAAUCAUGUUAAGAUUGUGGGGCUUCUUGGUGAUGGCUUUGGUUCUACGCCUGAAAUGUGCAAAAAGAACUUGAUAUGGGUAGUUGCGCGCAUGCAAGUUGUUGUUGAUCGUUAUCCUACGUGGGGAGAUGUUGUUCAUGUAGAAACUUGGGUGUCUGCAUCGGGCAAGAAUGGUAUGCGCCGUGAUUGGCUUUUACGUGACUAUAAUACUGGUGAAGUCUUGACGAGAGCCUCUAGUGUUUGGGUCAUGAUGAAUAAGCAUACCAGAAAGCUGUCCAAAAUUCCAGAAGAAGUGAGAGAGGAGAUAGGAUCCUUUUUUGUAGAAUCUGCUCCAAUUCUGGAAGAGGAUGACAAAAAACUCACAAAACUUGAUGACAGUACAGCGGAUCAUAUCCGUUCGGGUUUAAGUCCUAGAUGGAGUGACCUAGAUGUCAACCAGCAUGUUAACAAUGUGAAGUACAUUGGCUGGAUUCUGGAGAGUGCUCCACAAGCAAUCUUGGAGAGUCACGAGCUUUGUGGCAUGACUAUGGAGUACAGGAGGGAGUGUGGCAAGGACAGUGUUCUACAGUCCCUGACCGCUGUAUCUGAUGCUAAUGCUGGCAAUCUAGCUCAAAGCGGCCACAUUGAGUGCAAGCAUUUGCUUCGACUUGAAGAUGGUGCUGAAAUUGUGAGGGCUAGGACUAAGUGGAGGCCAAAACCUGUGAACAACUUUGAUUUUGCGAAUCAGGUGCCAGCAGGUAGCACCUAA